AUGGCGGCUCCACCGUCCGUCGAGUUGUUCUCGACGAGGCUGGCGGAUGAUAAGAUUGAUACUCGCCAAAAGUUCAUGAUUGCAUCGGAAUUGAAGGAUCAGUUGGAAGUUUUACAUCAGCAUGAUUAUAGUAAUACAUUGGCAAAGCUCAUGCCUGUUUUCCAUCAGCUGCUGAGGGGUCCGCCGUCGUUCUUAAGUACUUCCAAUGAACAUAAAUUACGGAAUUGCAUACUGGAUAUCAUCCAUCGUCUCCCUUUCAACCCCGCCGAUGCGUUAGAACCCCAUGCCGUCGAACUGAUGAAGGUUAUGAUGAAUCUUGUUCGGGUUGAGAAUGAAGAAAACGCGGUUCUUUGUAUGAAGAUUAUAAUGGACUUUCAGCGAAAUUACCAAAAGACCCUCGCCGACCAGGUGCAGCCGUAUUUGGAUUUAAUACAAGAGAUGUUCGGAAAGAUGCCGCAGGCGGUUAAGGAUACCUUUGACACGCCGGUGUUUGGAGCCACACCUAUGCCAUCGACACCAGCGAAUGCGAUGCAAUCCCCCAAACCCGGCUCUCCGAUGAUGGGUGGUGACGAUGCCCCUGCGAAUAAGAACCUUGUAAAAGGCAUGCAGAGCUUCAAGGUCCUUGCUGAGUGCCCUAUCAUUGUUGUUUCGCUUUUCCAAGCUCAUAAGCACCUUGUCCCCAAAAAUAUCAAGCUUUUUGUCCCGCUUAUCCGCGAAAUGAUCAUGCUACAAGCCCAGCCGCAAGCCGACGCCCACAGAACUGCGGCCCAGGAAGGACAGGUGCUGAGUGGGCCUUGUGCUGGAAUUCGUAACAAAGCGGCCUUUGGAGAUUUCAUCACAGCACAGGUCAAGACUAUGUCGUUUUUGGCAUAUGUGCUACGAGGGUACUCAAAGGAGCUGGCGGACUUUUUGACAACGUUACCAGAGAUUGUGGUGCGAUUGCUGAAAGAUUGUCCAAGGGAGAAGUCGAGUGCUCGUAAGGAAUUGCUAGUUGCCACCCGGCAUAUUAUUAAUUUUAAUUUCCGGAAGGUCUUUUUGACAAAAAUUGACGAGCUUCUCGACGAGAGGGUGCUAAUUGGAGACGGGUUGACGGUUUAUGAGACUAUGAGACCACUAGCCUAUAGCAUGCUGGCGGAUUUAAUACAUCACGUCCGAGAGUCCCUUAAUAGUUCUCAGAUUCGGCGGACAGUGAUUGUCUAUACGAAAAACCUACACGAUAGUUUCCCCGGGACCAGUUUCCAGACCAUGAGUGCUAAGUUGCUACUCAACCUAGCGGAUUGCAUUGCGAAGCAGAUACCGGAUAAGCAAGAAGCUCGCCACUUCUUGUUAAUGAUUCUGGAUGCCAUUGCCGAUAAGUUUGCUGCAAUGAAUAGGCAGUAUGAGAAUGCUGUCAAGCAGAGCAAGCCGCUACAGGAAGCCAACGACGACGCCAUGGACAUCGAUAAGCCAGAGCUUGAGGAAUACGAUGAAAUUGAUAUCUUCCAGGUUACUCCUAUCAAGCUCUCCAAUAGGGACAGAGGGCAGAAGCCUGUAGAUGAUAACAAAUUCUUGUUCAAGAACCUCAUGAACGGCCUGAAAAAUAUGCUGUCAGCGCUUAGGGCGUGCAAUCCACCCCAGACUAUCGGCGACCCAGCCAAUAAUCCUUCUAACUGGCAAGAAGUAGCCUUCGGUUUCAAUGCAGAGGAAGUCAAGAUCAUUACUAAGCUUUUCCGAGAGGGAGCUUAUGUUUUCAGAUACUAUCAUUCCGAGACCGACAAGUCGAACGAGCAGACAUUCUCUACACCCCUGGAGUUCAUGCAGUCUAUCCUUGUGCCAUCGAACAAAGAGGAAAAGGACCUCCUCGAGACCUUCGCCACGGUGUUCCAUUGUAUCGACCCAGCAACUUUCCACGAAGUCUUCCAUUCCGAGAUUCCGAGAUUAUACGAAAUGAUGUUUGAGCAUUAUCCGUUGCUCCAUAUUCCCCAGUUUUUCUUAGCUAGCGAGGCAACAUCACCUGCAUUCUGCGGGAUGCUAUUGCAGUUCCUCAUGAGUAAGAUCGAAGAAGUUGGCACAAAGGAUGUUAUGAAGGCAUCGAUAUUAUUACGACUAUUUAAGCUAUCCUUUAUGGCAGUUACGCUUUUCUCAGCGCAUAAUGAGCCGGUCCUUCUCCCACAUGUCAGCAAAAUCAUUACCCAAGCGAUCAAUCUUUCGACAACAGCCGAAGAGCCGGUAAACUAUUUUUACCUUUUACGGUCUCUGUUUAGGUCAAUUGGCGGUGGGAGAUUCGAAGUUUUGUACAAGGAGAUUUUGCCACUGUUAGAAGUCCUGUUACAGGUUCUUAAUACCAAGCUACAUUCCGCCAGAGACACCAAAGAGCGCGAUCUUUACGUUGAGCUUUGCCUUACAGUACCGGCACGGCUCAGCAACCUUCUACCACACCUAUCUUAUCUCAUGAAACCUCUUGUUGUUGCCUUGAGUGCGGGGCUAGAUCUUGUUACCCAAGGUCUACGGACACUGGAGCUGUGUGUUGAUAAUCUCACCGCAGACUACCUGGACCCUAUCAUGGCACCUGUUAUUGAUGAUCUUAUGGUUGCGCUGUGGAACCAUCUCAAACCUUUACCCUACAGCCAUCAGCAGAGUCACACUACUAUGCGUAUCCUCGGCAAGCUCGGCGGGAGGAAUAGGAAGUUCCUUACCCAUCCACCAAAUCUGGAGUAUCGUGGCUUUUCAGAUGAUGAUUGUAGUGUCAAUAUGAAAUUGCAUGGCGCACCUGGGGAACGGCCGUAUCCCUUUAUGGUUUCUACAGAUCUUGCGAUCAGGACCCUGAAGGACUCGAAAGCAAACAUGUUCCAUCGACAGCAGGCAUUCAAACUACUUUCGUCUUCUCUCAAAUUGUUUAUCGGCCAAGAUACUCUCCCGGAUGACUUUAUGCAAAUUGUGCGAAUGAAUGCGAACGAUCUUGCUAAUGAUACGGUUGAGAUUUCGAGUCCUCAGGAUUUGGGAAGUGAUCGAGAUAAGCCUGUUCACAAAAAGCAUGAGCAAGAUGAACAACUUAGAUCGUUGAUUAAAGCUUGUUUAUAUGCCGCGGCAGUCGAAGAGAUAAAAGACGAUGCUAUGGAACUGUUCGCCGAUACUUGCAGACAUCUUACGGUUCUCGACGUUGGGAAUGCAAUCGCUUCGCAUCGGUACUCUAAACAGCCAUUCAGCGUCGAAGGUGGUGAAGGACCACUCACUCUGGAUACUAAUGUUCUUGCCGACGCACUUUCGGAUUGUCUAGGAUCAGAAGUUCCCGAGGUUCGUGAAGCUGCGAUGGAGGGAAUUCGUGUUGUUGCUGAAGCUGGCGCCACGAUCUUUGGCAGUGUGGACCAUAUUGGAAAGUUGCCAUUGUUCUCGGCUAUGUCUAAAAGGUUCUGUCAUAACUGCUACGCUGAAGAGUGGUUCUCGAAGGCUGGAGGGUGUCUUGGUAUCAAGGCUUUGAUUACCCGUGUUUCCCUGGGUGAAGCGUUCCUGGUCGAGCGACAGCUGGAUUGGGUUCGUUCGUUGCUCUAUGUGAUUAAGGACAUGCCACAGGAUCUUCCGGCGACAACAAGAGAGGAUGCGGCAGUUACAUUGGAUCUUGUGCUUCAUGAAUGUAACAAGACUGCGAAGGCAGAGGACAUCAAGCCCAGUUCCAAGCUCUUCAACCUCUGUGCUCACAUCGUCUACGAACUGUCAAAUUGCAACAAACAUGUCCGUCAGUCGGCACAACAGUCGUUGGAAACACUGUCAAAGCUGUUGAAGGUUGAAAUUCACGAGAUGAUCGCGCCGGUCAAAGAUCGCUUGCUCGGACCAAUCUUCGGUAAACCGCUUAGAGCUCUCCCGUUUGCUAGUCAAAUUGGAUACAUUGACGCUAUUACGUUUUGUCUUAAGCUUCAGAACAACUUUUUGGAAAUUGACCAUGAGAUGAUUCGGUUGCUUGGUGAGGCGCUGGCGCUAGCUGAUGCAGAUGACGAGACACUGGGUACUCAGAAGGCUAGUGAAUAUCGGACCAUGGAAGCUGUGAUGAAUCUCAGAGUUGGGUGUAUUCGUCUGCUUUCGAUGGCGAUUGGCUACCCAGAGUUCAAUACUCCGCAGCAACAGCAAACCAAGGCGAGGAUCAUUGCUGUGUUCUUCAAGAGUCUUUAUGCUAAAUCCCCGGAAGUGGUUGAGGCUGCGAACGAUGGGCUUAAGGGUGUUCUCACUCAUACGCAUAAGUUGCCUAAGGAGCUUCUCCAGAAUGGCCUUCGUCCUAUCCUCAUGAACCUAUCCGAUCACAAGAGAUUAUCGGUGGCUGGUUUGGAGGGUUUGGCAAGGUUGCUCGAACUACUAACCAAUUACUUUAAAGUCGAGAUUGGCUCACGUCUGUUCGACCACCUUAAUCAAUUUGCCGAACCUAAUAGCAUUCACCAAACCAGCUUUAAGCUCCUUGAGCAGAACAGCAACAUCAAGAUCAUUGCCUCGAUCUUGAAUAUAUUCCACUUGUUACCCCCAGCAGCAAGUCAAUUCUUGGAUAAGAUGGUACAGACGGUGCUGGGACUUGAGGAAAGCCUUCGACGUACACAGAUUUCGCCGUUCCGUCCCCCGCUUCUCAAGUUUGUGAACCGGUAUGCCGAAGAUACGUGGAAGUACAUGCUUCAGAAACUAUCAGUCAUAAAGUACGGACGCUUGUUCGCACAACUCUUGGCAGAUGAAUCUAGCGGUGCCCUUCGUGAUCAUUUAAUUGCGAACGUUGGUGAUCUGGUUAAGGCCUCUUUUGACAAUCAAGCGGAAGGAGAGCCGAAGACUACGGCUAUCUUCAAUGCCAUCGAGGCUAUUGGUGCCGUUUGUGAACACAAAUCUGACUGGUUGGUCGAUCAGAAGGACCUGUUGAAUAAACUUUUGGUUGUCGGGUCAGACGUCUAUACUAAAGCUGUUAACGGAGAAUUGAAGCCGCCUUCCCUGUGCUUGAGCGUUGACCAGUCCUCCACCACCCUUAUUGCGGUUUUUACCAAAUACCUUGUCCAGAAGCCUAACGAUCUGGCGUUCUUGUUCCAAGUCAUCAAGGCGACUAGCUCCGGAGGAUUGAAACCGAAUUAUUUGCUUGACCACUUCAUCUACGAGCACAUCAUUUGCAGCAAGUCUAUUGAAUACUGGAAGAGUGUUAUCUUCAAGUGUUUGGAUCUGUACCAAGAUACCUCGCAGAACCAAAUGCUCAAGACUUACGCUUUCAAGAAUCUAGUCAAUCCUAUUCUGUUGAUGGAUAUCCAACGCCGCAACAUCGAUCCAGAUACGCCAAAGUUGGUAGAUUCGCAGCUAGUCGGUGCUGUACAUCAUAAAAUCUGGAAGACGAACCUUGGGGAUCUAGAUGAUGGACAAAACGGUCUCGAUCGUUCGAGAAUGGAGGUUCUGCAAAUGUCGGCAUUACUGAUUAAGCACCACCACUCUAUUAUUGCGGAUGCUAGGAAGGAUGUGAUCAAAUUCGGUUGGAACUUCAUCAAGCUUGAAGAUAUCAUUAACAAACAGGCCGCGUACGUUCUCAUUGCAUUCUUUAUCGCGCACUUUGAGACCCCAUCGAAAAUCGUGACCCAAAUUUACGUGGCACUCUUGAAAGCUCAUCAACCCGAGGGACGGACGUUGGUACGACAAGCGUUGGAUCUCAUUGCACCGGUAUUGCCGAAGAGGAUUCCACCAGGUCAAGAUUCAAAGGGUUUCCCGAUCUGGGCGAAGUGGCCAAGAAGAAUCUUAAUCGAAGAGUCGCACAACCAACCUCAACUUAUCAAUAUAUUCCAAUUUAUCGUCCGCCAUGCCAGCCUAUUCUACGAAUCUCGAGAACACUUCUUCAUGGGCAUGGUGUCAGCGUUGCAAAAGCUUGUGUUCCAUGUUCAGAACCCGUCGGUAGAGCAUAAGACGCUUUCUAUUGACUUGGUCGAGUUGAUAUGGAAGUGGGAACAACAAGCGAUCGAUAAUCCGGUGGAGGUGACAAUAAUGGAUUCUCCACAGAUGAAAAAGAAGAAGCUACCGGAUGAGAUGGGAAGAUCAUCGCCUAGCGCUCCACCGAGCUCAAGUGGUGGGGAGAAAGUCAAUGUAGUGCUCCAAACUCAGUAUCGCCAGUCGGUUCUAAAACAUCUUAUAUCGUUUAUUUCGCAAUGUCCUGAGAAGUGGAAUUCGAAUGAACUUUGUGAAAGAUCACUGAAGUUGCUCAGCAACCUGUUGCAGCCGAAGUAUUGGGGUGACGUUGAUGUGGAUUUGUAUCAGAAGCAGGCCGAGGUGCAGUUGAUGCAGGCCGAGCUGAAGAAUGAUAAUGCUCAUGUAUUUGUGAAUAUGCUGCAGGUUCUCAAGGUUAUUGUUCAGGCCAAGUCGAACGAAUGGCUGCUUGGAUCAGACCGUGCAGGUAAAGAGAGAAUCACAACAUUGCAGAAGAUCUUGGAGAAGAGUUUGAGGUGUGAUAAUGUGGAGAUCCAAGAGGCAUUGCAGGACGUGGUGUUGAGGAUUUUGGAGGUCAUACCACAAGAGCAGGAGGAUGACGAGGAUGAGGAGAUGACAGAAUCGACAGGAAGCCAGUUUGUCAAGUUACUGACUCAGAUUGUGCAGGAGACAAUUGUUGCCAGCGUUAUUCCCAGUGUUAACAUCUUGUGGAUACUCGCCAAGAAAAGACCGGACGCUGUUGAUACGCAUAUUCCAGCAUUGAUGAGGGCGUUCCAGCGGCUGGCGAGGGACCAUAUUGCCGGGAAUACAUCGGCUCCACAACCACCUGCUCCUGAUGCCCAGCCUCCACCACCUCCAUUAGAUCCAGACACGGCGCUCAAGUUGAUUUCGAACGUGAUUGAUAUCGCGUCGGCAAGGAUUUCUUCGCUCCAGGAUCAACGUCGCCCUUUCUUGAGUGUCCUGGCGCAGUUGGUUGAGAAGUCAAAUAACAACGAGUUGUGUUUGAAGAUCCUGGGAGUGGUUGAGAAUUGGGUCUUCCGAUCUACUGAGAGUUUCCCGACGUUGAAAGAGAAGACUGCAGUUCUUAGCAAGAUGAUGUCGUUCGAAGGUCGACCGGAUCCCACAUUGUGCAACAAGUUCCUUGAGCUUGUAAUUAGUAUCUAUGAGCACUCGGAGAUCACCCGCACGGAGCUUACAGUUCGGCUUGAGCAUGCCUUCUUGAUUGGAUGUCGGGCGCAGGAUGUGACAAUGCGGAAUCGGUUCUUAAAGAUUUUCACUGAAAGUUUGUCGCGGACGAUCAAUCCUCGGAUUUCUUAUCUUUUGGGGACUCAAAAUUGGGAGACGCUACAGGACUCCUAUUGGCUAAGUCAAGUUACUCAUUUGCUACUUGGUUGUGUGGACCGGGAGAGGCGGUUGGAGUUGCAUUCGGAGGACUUUAAGUUGCCUUCUGCUUCUUCUGUCUUUGCCGUUGAUAAGAAGCGCGAUAUGUCCGGAAUGAUGCUGGAUGAUCAGUAUGAAGACUUCAUGGUCAGACAUCGUCGGUUCGUGGCAAGCCUUGGGGAUGUCAAAGCAAACGAUGUUUUCGAACCCAUGGCGCAGCUCCAGCAUCUCUCUUCAGAUGUCGCACACAAUAUCUGGAUUACACUCUUCCCACUUUGUUGGGCUGCAAUUGGACAAGAAGACCGGAAUGAUCUUUCUAGAAAUAUGAUUACUCUACUUUCGAAGGAGUGUCACCACCGACAAAUGGACAAGCGACCGAACGUCAUCCAGAGUUUGCUAGCUGGUAUCGAAAAAGCGAACCCGAGAAUCGUGCUACCACCUCAUCUUAUUAAAUAUAUCAGCAAGUCAUUCAAUGCCUGGUACUCGGCUUUGCACAUUUUGGAAGAUUCCGCGAACAAGCCACCAUAUGAAAACCCAACUAUCAAGGAAAGUAACCUUGACGCCCUGGCGGAGAUCUAUGCUGGCAUUCAAGAGGAGGAUAUGUUCUACGGCUUAUGGAGGCGGAGGUGUCAGUACCUUGAGACCAACGUUGCCUUGUCCUUCGAGCAGAAUGGAAUGUGGGACAAAGCACAGCAUGCAUACGAACAGGCCCAGAUCAAGGCUCGCACGGGCGUUCUUCCGUUUUCACAGGCAGAGUAUAUGCUUUGGGAGGAUCAUUGGAUUCUGUGUGCCCAGAAACUUCAGCAAUGGGAGAUACUUAGCGACUUCGCGAAACAUGAGAAUUACAACGAUCUCCUUCUCGAGUGCGCUUGGAGGCUGUUGGAUGAUUGGGGUGGCCAGAGCAGCGAGGCCGUCGAUACGACUAUCAAGAGUUUGAUGGAUUCUCCGACGCCGCGACGGUACUUCUUCCUUGCAUUCAUGGCACUUCAAAAAGUUUAUAGCAAAAACGAGAGCAAUAGCGAUUUCUUAAGGAUCUGUGACGAGGCCAUACAGUUGAGUUUGAGAAAGUGGCAUAAUCUUCCCAAAAAGAUCACUGCAGCGCAUAUCCCACUCCUCCAAACGUUCCAGCAGAUUGUCGAGCUCCAUGAUGCUAGUGUCAUGUAUGGUAGCCUCGCUAACACAACGGCUGCAAAUCUGGACACUAAGUCUCAAGAGCUUAAGCAAAAUCUUGGAACUUGGAGAGACCGAUUGCCGAACGUUUGGGAUGAUAUCAAUGCCUGGCAUGAUCUGGUUACCUGGCGACAACAUGUCUUCUCAUCUAUCAAUAAGACAUAUAUUCCGUUGGUGCCGUCGGGUAGCGGGAAUAACAACUCGAACUCGUAUGCGUACCGCGGGUAUCACGAGACCGCAUGGAUCAUCAACCGUUUCGCACAUGUCGCUCGGAAACAUCAGCUAGCCGAUGUCUGUAUCGCGCAACUGAGUAAGAUCUACACGCUACCUAACAUCGAGAUUCAAGAGGCCUUCCUCAAACUCCGAGAACAAGCGAAAUGUCAUUACCAGAACCCAGCCGAACUGAACAAUGGACUUGAGGUUAUUAACAAUACCAAUCUCAAUUAUUUCGUUGGGCAGCAGAAGGCAGAGUUCUUUACGCUCAAGGGUAUGUUCCAGGCGAAGCUGCAGAAGAAAGACGAUGCGAACGAAGCCUUUGGAACUGCGCUGUUUUAUGAUCUCAAGCUGCCAAAGGCUUGGGCUGAGUGGGGCUUUUACAGUGAUAUGCUCUUCAAAGAGAACCCUGCGGAUCUACAACCAGCCGGUAAUGCGGUUAGUUGCUAUCUUGAAGCCGCUGGGUUGUAUAAAAGUGGGAAAGCUCGCAAGUUACUCAGCAGAGUCCUUUGGUUGCUCAGUCUCGAUGAUGGGAGCGGUAGUAUUUCCGCCGCGUUUGAAGCCUACAAGGGCGAGAUGCCGGUGUGGUAUUGGAUUACGUAUAUUCCACAACUGCUCUCGUCGCUAUCUCACAAAGAAGCCAAGAUCGCAAAGGGAAUAUUACUCAAGAUCGCAAAGAAUUUCCCACAAGCAUUGUACUUCUUGCUUAGAACCUCGAGAGAAGAUUACAGCGUCAUCAAGAAGCAACAGACUGCGCAGCAAGCAAAAGCGAAACCUAACCAGGGAUCACCUCCUAAUGGUGUAGCUGCUGCCGCUGCUGCCGGAAGUGCUGCUAGUCCUCCACGACCUGAUUCUUCGGCCGGUGCUCGACCUGAAACCCCAAGUCAACCGAAUGGGACAGCGGCUGUGCCCGCAGCUGUUGCUAAUGGAGCUGCAAACUCUUCAGCUCCUCAGAGCCCCGCACCUGCUAAGAAGAAUCCGUGGGAACACGCAGACGAGAUCAUGUCGGUUCUGAAAUCGGCGUUCCCGCUGCUCGCUCUAUCAAUGGAGACCAUGGGUGAUCAAAUUCACAAGUACUUCAAAUGCCCGCCUGAUGAGGAUGCCUAUCGCUUGAUUGUAGCUUUGCUGAAUGAUGGGUUACAGUUCGUUGGACGUAUUCCUCUCGCUUCUCCUGAGGAUACUAAGUUGCCACCUGCGACUGAGGCUAAUAUCACACGAUUUGCGGAGACAAUUCUUCCAGCUCAUAUCCGUGUUGCCUUUGAAGCCGAGUUUGUGCAUGAGAAACCGAACCUCCAAAGCUAUAUCCAGAAACUCAGGAGGUGGAGAGAUAGGUUCGAAGAGAAACUUGAUCGACGACCUGCUCAUGCCAGUCUUGAGUCAUUCUCCCCGCAUCUUAGCGACUUCAGGUUCCAGAAGUUCGAGGAGGUCGAAGUUCCUGGGCAAUAUCUGUUGCAUAGGGAUCACAACAAGGACUUUGUACGCAUUGAGAGGUUCUUGCCGCGUGUGGACGUUGUUCGUGGAUAUGGUAUCUGCCAUCGAAGGUUGAAGAUGAGGGGCCAUGAUGGUAGCGUGCAUGCUUUCGCAGUGCAGCACCCGGCUCAACGUCAUUGUAGACGUGAAGAGAGGGUUGCACAAUUGUUCCGGAUCUUUAAUGGUAUUCUUGCUAAACGCAAGGAGGCCAGAAGAAGGAACUUGGGCUUCCAUCUUCCACUUAUGGUGCCGCUUGCGCCUCAUAUCAGAAUUGUGCAAGACGAUGCUUCUUAUAUUUCUCUCCAGGGUAUCUACGAGGACUACUGUCGCAAGACCAAUAUCAGCAAGGAUGAGCCGCUUAUCUAUGCGAUGAAGAGCUUGAGGACUAAUGUUAAUAAGAAGAUGAGUGGUCCUGAGGUUCAGAAUCUCAAGAUGGAGGUUUUGAGCGCUAUUCAAGAAAAUAUGGUGCCCAAUACUGUUGUUCAAGAUUACAUGCAAGCAUCUUAUACAUCCUUCGACGACUUCUGGAUCUUCCGCCGUCAAUUCUCUUACCAAUUUGCUGCUCUUACCUUCAUGACCUACGUUAUGAAUAUGAACAAUCGGUUCCCACACAAGAUGUUUAUCGCAAAGGCGACGGGUAAUAUAUGGGGUACAGAGUUGAUUCCGGCAAUGGCGGCUAGUAACGCUUAUUUCCACAACAACGAACCUGUACCUUUCCGUUUGACUCCGAACUUGCAUACACUUAUGGGACCUAUUGCGGUCGAGGGUAUCUACUCGUGUGCUAUUAUGGCUAUCGCGCGAUGUUUGACCGAGCCUGAGCAAUUCGAAUUGGAACAAUACCUCUCCCUCUUCGUGCGAGACGAAAUGAUAUUCUGGUUUACGCAGCAACACCGUGGGAUGUCUGGUGAUCAGAAGAUUCGUGAAAAGGUGGAAGUCAACAGUACUAUCAUCACUCGAAGGACUGCGGCCCUUUGUGCCAAUAAUACGGCGAUGAUUCCGGCGAACCAGACUGUUAUUGACUUGAUAAGCAAAGCUGUGAAUCCGGCCAAUUUGGCACAAACCGAUCACCUGUGGAUGCCUUAUUUGUAA